GAUGCCCUUGUCGUUUCUUCCUGGAGACGCCAGGGGGCGGUAAUGAAACUCCUCCUCCCGAGUUUACAGGUCAAAGGUGACUGAAGCCACUCUGCAGCGCUCGCUUUACGUUAGGCGACAAUGGCUAAACAUCACCCAGAUUUGAUCUUUUGCAGAAAACAAGCCGGUGUCGCUAUCGGGCGACUUUGCGAGAAAUGUGAUGGCAAAUGUGUCAUCUGUGAUUCCUAUGUGAGGCCCUGCACGCUGGUGCGCAUCUGUGACGAGUGCAACUACGGCUCCUAUCAGGGCCGCUGUGUCAUCUGCGGAGGCCCCGGAGUGUCUGAUGCCUACUACUGUAAAGAGUGCACCAUCCAGGAGAAAGACCGAGAUGGCUGUCCUAAGAUUGUGAAUUUGGGCAGCUCUAAAACGGAUCUGUUUUAUGAGAGGAAGAAGUACGGCUUCAAGAAGAGGUGAAGACACCAUGGGCCAGUUCUUGUUUUUAUUUUUUCCAGGUUUUGUAGAUUUUCUUUAAAACCUCAAGAAACAUUUUUUUGACUUGUCAAUAAAACUUUUGUAUUUGUCCCA